AGGCCGGAUAAGUAGAGGUCCGAGCUGGGCUCUAGUUAGGCGAUCGAUUGCUUUAGUUUGAUGACGCAUUUUAGCAGCGUCCGCUGUGUUUUCCGACGACGGAAUUGGUUUGUGGAGAUGGCGCCUGUCAGACCCGCACAGUGGCGGCGGAAAGGGGGUUUGGGGACACGUGGCGAAGAGGAUUCUUCGGUAGGAUUCAGGAACAAGAAUGUGAAACAGAGGAUAUGGCGACCCAACUAUUCUCAAGCCUUCGUGGGCAGCAUUCGCGAGGGACAAGGCUUUGCUUUUCAAAGAAAACUGAAGAUUCAGCAAAAUUACAAGAAAUUAUUAUGGAGACAAAAGAAGACUGAAACAUCACAGGAAUCCCAAUUCAAAGAUCGAUACCCAGAUCAUCUGAAACAUCUUUAUUUAGCUGAGGAGGAAAGACUCAAGAAGCAAAAAAGAAAAGUCAACCAGCCUUUGUCAGAAAAACAAGUUGACCAGCCUUUGCCUAAAGAACAGUGUAGCACUGACCAGGCUUUGUCUCAAGAUCACUAUAGUUUUGACCAGCCUCAGCCAGAAGAAAAACAAUCUAGUAAAACAGUAAAGUCCUUUAAUCUAAAGAAAAAGAAAACAUCAAAUCAAAAAGCACAAGAAGAAUACGAACACAUACAAGCUAGGCGUGCUGCUAAGAAACAAGAAUUUGAGAGGAGAAAACAGGAGAGAGAAGAAGCUCAAAGGCGCUACAAAAAGAAGAAAAUGGAAGUGUUCAAAAUAUUAAGCAAAAAGACCAAAAAAGGUCAGCCAAACUUGAAUUUACAGAUGGAGUAUCUUCUUAAAAAAAUACAAGAAAAAAAUUAAAUCAGACCUUUUGUGCUUAUAGUUUAAAAUGUCUAUUGUGUUUUGAGUUCUUUUGUAGGUAUAGUGGAUACCUUCUGAUAGUGAAUUAAAUUUGACAACAAACUGGAUUGCUAAACUGUAUAUAAAAAUCCAAAUAUUGUUAUCAUGUAAAAGAAAUUUUUUUAAUAUAUUCUACAUAAUAUGACAUAUUUCUUAUUUAUUUGCCUCUGAAGGAAGGCUGGCCUGGAGAACUGAAGGAACCUUCUAUUUGGGAAACAUGGUCAAUCAUGUAAUACUUUGGUAUCAUAGGAAAUUUGUAUAAAAUAAAGUGUUUUGAAAAGGGAGCAGAGCUUUCAGUGAAAUAUUUCAAUUUAGUAAUCCAUUAUAUGAUUUUAAAAUUCAUUUUAAUGAUGAAACAGGCAAAGACUUCCCUUGAUUGAAUGGUUGAUUGAUUUAAAAUUAAGUCCAUAUUAUGGGGGUUGGACUUUCCAGAUACCUGGAUGCUGAAAUAACCUUCUGCACCCACAAUUUAGGAGGUGUUCUUCAUAAAACAACUUAGCUUAUGAACUCAAGAGAAUGAGAUGUUUAUAAACACAUUCUUAAGUGGAAGUUCACAGCUUGUUCUUGUAAGACCUUUUAAAUAAUGAUGGAAUCCCAGCAGUGUCACAGUAAGAAUCAGCUUUCCAAAUCUUGUGGGACCCUUUACCGUAAGAACAUGUCACUGUGUCAUCCCUCUUGGUAGCCUGUGAGCUGAGGGAAACUACUGGGAUAAUUGCUUCUCUUGUCUUGCAGUCAAGGCAGAUGUUCUCCUAAGCAGUAGGAGAUGCAUAGGAAGCCCUGAACUUACUUUUUCUUUUUUUUAAGAGAUGGGUUUUACUAUCUUGCCUAGGCUGCCUUAAAUUCUGGGACUCAAUCCUACCUCAGCUUCCUGAGUAGCUAGGCCCAGGGCAGUAGGUAUGUGCCACCACACCCAGCUUGAACUUUUUAUUGUGUAGAAAAACAAUGCUUAAUUUUCAGUGUACUAUGUUGCAUUUAAAAUAAGCAGCU